AUGGCCACCGCCGAAGCAACUGAGCGAAUUUAUUUCUAUUUCUGCCACCAGUGCAACCACAACGUGGCCAUCUCUCGCACGCCCAACACUGAUCCUCUCUGCCCCAGUUGUCGCGAUGGGUUUCUUGAGGAAAUUGAUGUCCCGAGGCCGAACCCUAAUCGUGACCCGGUUGACCCGUUGGCCCCAUCAAAUGCUAGGACGGUUACCGGGGUUCAUUAUGGGCCGAGGGGGCCGACCCGGGUUAUCAUGGAGGCACCCGAGUUUGACCGGGGUUAUCAUGUGGGGAAUUCGAGGGCUGGUGGGGUCAACUUUCAGUUUGUGUUUCAGAAUCAUCCUUCUGGUGGUGAGGGUUUACCUUCCAAUUUAGUGGAUUUUUUAAUGGGACAAGGGCUUGAGGAAUUGAUUCAGGAGCUGGCUGAAAAUGAAUCGGAUCGAUACGGGACCCCACCUGCUUCGAGAACUGCUGUGGAGGGGCUUCCUGAUGUUGUGGUUGAUGAUAAGGUGUUGGGGUCUGAUUUGGCACAGUGUGCUGUCUGUCAAGAUGAUUUCGAGAAGGAUAUGGUUCUUAAGCAGAUGCCUUGUAAGCAUGUGUACCAUUCUGAGUGCUUGUUGCCCUGGUUGGAAUUGCAUAAUUCUUGCCCUGUUUGUAGGUAUGAGUUGCCUACUGAUGAUCCUGAUUACGAGAAUCGGACUAGGGGUGUUGCUGCUUCCGGAGGUGAGAAUAAUUCAAGUGGUAAUGUGAGAUUUGAGUCUUCCGGGUCUGGGACUAAUACUGGGGAUGAUGAGGAAGGUAGACACCUUAGGGGUUUCGUGGAGAGGACUUUUAGUAUCAUGUUCGGGCCUAGCAGUUCAAGGACUGAUAACAGUGGCGACAGUGGCGGGGAUUCAGGUUCUGGCGGUCCUCAGAACAUGGACACAAAUUAG